CUUGAAGCGAUAAAAGCACCAUCAAAAAUUAACAAAUAUUUUGAAAACUUUUCUGUGUGUUAAUGGUUAAAAUGACUGUGAUACAAAUUUUAAAAAAUAGUGUUGUGAAAUUAAAAAAGCACCAAGAUUUUUAGAAAUAACUAAUUAUUAAUUAGUGAAUAAUUUAUAUUAAUUAUUUCUUCAAGUAAAAUUGUGAGCUACAAAACAUCAUCAACAUGAGAGACUUAAUAAGGAAUUAUCGAAACAUCAUAUCGAGGAAAUCGGAGUCUGAUUCUGAAGCAGAGUCUCAGCCGUUAAUGGCAUCAAUUUCUUCCAGCAAUAGUUUUGGGACUGUUUUGGAAUCUUGCAUUUUCAAUCCAGAAUCAGACUUGUCAGAAAGCGACUUCGACAAAAACAGCAGAAAAUCCACUACAUUGCCUAUAUAUACCGGAAUGACCAGGAAAUUUUCGAAAAGGUCUCUGAAAUUUUCCUCGCCUUUUAGUGGCUCUGAAAAAUACUCAAGUUCAAACACGUUUAACAGUUGUCAAGAUUUUUCUAGUUCAAUAGGAAUUUAUUCUGCAACUAAUGACUCCUCGUUGGACUGCAAAGAUUUUAAAGACCCAUACAGGUCUUUUGAAGAACCAACAACAGAAGGAAAAAGCACCACACAAAGUUCCUUGGUUACCAUUUUUUCGAUAUGGAACACCACGAUGGGCUCCUCACUGCUAGCGAUGUCAUGGGGUUUCGAAAAAACAGGCCUAUUUUCCGGUAUUUUUAUCAACAUAGCAGUGGCAGCCCUGUGCCUUUACACCUGCUACAUCCUACUGAACGUCAGCGAAAAACACGGUGUUUUGGGACAAAGCCACGAAGUGUGCGAUUUAUGUAAAGAGUUGUUGGGAAAAUGGGCGGAAAUUUUGGCGAAAAUAUUUUCUGUUGUAGUUCUUAUAGGAGCUGAUAUCGUUUACUGGAUCCUUAUGUCAAAUUUCUUGUAUAACUCAGUGCUGUUUUUUUACGAUUUUAUAAAUUCCAAGGCUUCUAGUGAUGCCAACAUGACGGUGCUGUGUCCGAAAGAAGCCAUCUGGGAUUUGAAAAACGUUACCAACUUAAAUUUGGAUAUCGAAAAAUCCCCUUUCGAGCAAUACUGGAAUCUCCACUCCACAGUGCCAAUUUUUUUGGCUGUCGUUAUGUUUCCUAUGCUCAACUUUAAAAGUCCAACUUUUUUCACCAAAUUUAAUAGUUUAGGCACUGUAAGUGUAGGCUACAUAAUAUUUUUCGUGGCUGUAAAAUCUUACUCCUUCGGUAUAAAUUUGCCGAAUUGGGACCAGGAAAUCUACUUAAAAUCAACGUUUUCAGCCUUGAGCGGAAUGCUCAGUUUGAGUUACUUCAUACAUAACAUAAUUAUUUCCAUCAUGAGGAGCAAUAAGAACCAACAAAAUAAUAAAAGAGAUCUUUCGAUAGCUUUUGGAUUAAUAACGUUUACUUAUUUGUUUUUGGGUGUUACUUUUUACAUUGCUUUUCCCUUAGCCAAAAGCUGCAUUGAAGAUAACAUUUUGAACAAUUUUCCAAAAAACGACAAUCUCACAAUAAUCGCCAGAAUUUUAUUACUCUUUCAAUUAUUCACGGUCUUUCCUCUACUGUCAUUUAUGUUACGAAACGAUAUUUUUGCUAACAUAAGAAUGAUAUCCAAAGGAACCAAUUACGGAAAUUUUUCCUACAAAAAAGUAAUUUUUAUCAACUGCAUAGUACUUUUUGUGUGCAUUUGCUUCGCAUGCUUUCUACCACGUAUUGGAACGUUAAUAAGAUAUACCGGAGCUGCUAGCGGCCUUGUGUACAUCUUCAUGUUGCCAAGUCUCCUAAAAAUGGCGUCGCUCAAAAAGGAAGGCAACCUGACAACCUUGCGAACAAUUUUUUACACCCUCAUUAUCUCCAUUGGAGUCCUGAAUCUCUUCUCGCAAUUUUUUAUUAGCGUUUAAUUAAGUAUUUAUUAAAUUAUUGUUUCGACUAAUGUGAUAUAGAAUAUCAUUGCUAAAUUAUUGUUGAUAUAUUUUAUCGUUUUAUAUUGAAAUUAUUUUAUUUUAUAUGUGAUAUUUAUAGAUUUAAUACAAUUUAUUACAAA